GCCCUGAACUUGAGGAGCCAGUCUAGGGCCUAGGCGCAGACGCACUGAGCCUAAGCAGCCAGUGAUGGCGGCAGCGGCGGCAGUGGCUGCAGCGGGUCCGGGCCCAUGAGGCGAAGACGGAGGCGGGACGGCUUUUACCCAGCGCCGGACUUCCGAGACAGGGCAGCUGAGGACAUGGCAGGAGUGUUUGACAUAGACCUGGACCAGCCAGAGGACGCGGGUUCUGAGGAUGAGCUGGAGGAGGGGGGUCAGUUAAAUGAAAGCAUGGACCAUGGGGGAGUUGGACCAUAUGAACUUGGCAUGGAACAUUGUGAGAAAUUUGAAAUCUCAGAAACUAGUGUGAACAGAGGGCCAGAAAAAAUCAGACCAGAAUGUUUUGAGCUACUUCGGGUACUUGGCAAAGGGGGCUAUGGAAAGGUUUUUCAAGUACGAAAAGUAACAGGCGCAAAUACUGGGAAAAUAUUUGCCAUGAAGGUGCUUAAAAAGGCAAUGAUAGUAAGAAAUGCUAAAGAUACAGCUCAUACAAAAGCAGAACGGAAUAUUCUGGAGGAAGUAAAGCAUCCCUUCAUUGUGGAUUUAAUUUAUGCCUUUCAGACUGGUGGAAAACUCUACCUCAUCCUUGAGUAUCUCAGCGGAGGAGAACUAUUUAUGCAAUUAGAAAGAGAGGGAAUAUUUAUGGAAGACACAGCCUGCUUUUACUUGGCAGAAAUCUCCAUGGCUUUGGGGCAUUUACAUCAAAAGGGGAUCAUCUACAGAGACCUGAAGCCGGAGAAUAUCAUGCUUAAUCACCAAGGUCAUGUGAAACUCACAGACUUUGGACUAUGCAAAGAAUCUAUUCAUGAUGGAACAGUCACACAUACCUUUUGUGGAACAAUAGAAUACAUGGCCCCUGAGAUCUUGAUGAGAAGUGGCCAUAAUCGUGCUGUGGAUUGGUGGAGUUUGGGAGCAUUAAUGUAUGACAUGCUGACUGGAGCACCCCCGUUCACUGGGGAGAAUAGAAAGAAAACAAUUGACAAAAUCCUCAAAUGUAAACUCAAUUUGCCUCCCUACCUCACACAAGAAGCCAGAGAUCUGCUUAAAAAGCUGCUGAAAAGAAAUGCUGCUUCUCGUCUUGGAGCUGGUCCUGGGGAUGCUGGAGAAGUUCAGGCUCAUCCUUUCUUCAGACAUAUUAACUGGGAAGAACUUCUGGCUCGGAAGGUGGAGCCUCCCUUUAAACCCCUGUUGCAAUCUGAAGAGGAUGUGAGUCAGUUUGAUUCAAAGUUUACACGUCAGACACCUGUUGACAGCCCAGAUGACUCAACUCUCAGUGAAAGUGCCAACCAGGUCUUUCUGGGUUUCACAUAUGUGGCUCCAUCUGUACUUGAAAGUGUGAAAGAAAAGUUUUCCUUUGAACCAAAAAUCCGAUCACCUCGAAGAUUGAUUGGCAGCCCACGAACACCUGUCAGAUGCUGCUUGCUAUGUUCUCCAAACCUUUUUGAGCCAUAGGAUCCAAGCCAUAAAAUCUGUUAUGCAUGUUGAAUUUAGUCAGAAAAGAGCAAAGCUUUGCUUAUUUAAAUUGCAAUUCAAAUGAGAUGAAGUGAAAUCCUAUCACAGUAAGCAAAAACAGAACCAUGAAAAAUGAUUGGAAAUACACCUUUUCAAUUGUGGCAAUAAAUCAAAGAAGUGAUAACAAUUUAUCUUCAGACAGAAAGCUUUUUCUUUUUUUAACAACCCCUCAAGGCCUCCACCCCUCUUACUGCAGCAGCCUAUGGAGAUCUUGGUAACUGUAGCUAGUAAAUUAGAAGCUACAAUGAUGAUUAAGGGCAGAAAUUGUACUUAAAAUAUAGCUCUUUGUUCCCUGUCAUUUUGUGAUGUUGAAAAAAAAAAUCAGAACCCAGGAUGCUAUUGUGGUGUGUAUGGACUUUAUUUCAGACUGUAAAUGGCUUGUGCUAUUCGAAUACUUGUUUUAAGUAUGGCUACUAACUGUAGAUUUGACUGCCUGACCAAAUUCCAAUGAUACUUGUACACCAGAAUAUUCCUCCUCAAUCCUAUUUGCUAGUAACAUUUGCACUGUGGUAGGCUGGCUAUAACCACUCCAUAAUUAAAACAUUUUCAUAUUAGUACUACCAGCAAUAGUGGCAAACCCUGCAAUUUUUCUGGGAAAAAAAAACAAAAAAGCAUUAGUUGCACACCUACAAUCCACACAGAUACAUAGUUUUUCUGACUUAACAUUCAUUAAGUGAAAUUAAUUUCUUGUUUGGCAAGUUUAUUGAGAAAUUGUGUUUUAUAAAUGGAUAUCCCUGCUAUGACUGUGAAAACAUGUCGAGUGCCACAUUGGUGUCACAGACAGAAAGCACACACCUAUGCAAUAUGGCUUACCCUAUAUUUAUUUGUAAAAAUCCAAGCAUAGUUUAAAAUACAUGAUGUCAAUAUUACUAGUCUUGAGUUUCUAGGAAGGUUCUUUAUGAUUAUUCCAGGUAAGUGUAUAAAAGAACUUAAGUGCUUUUCUUUCAUUGCUUGAAUUAUUUUCUUUGAAAUCAGCUAUUACAGGAUAUUUUUUUAUUUUAUACAUGCUGUUUUCUAAUUAAAAUAUAAUCACUGAAAACUGAAGUUAACUAAUUUGAUUUUAUAAGAUUUGUAGCAUUACAGAAUUAAAAUGGGAUAUAUAAAUCAGCUGCGAUUAACAGUGUAUAGUGUUAAUUAGUGAACUUGAACCAGAUUUGUAGAAAAAUUAUGUUAUUUCUUUUCCACCUUUUUGGUCUUAACUAAUUUGAAUUAUUCAAAAAGGAUUUUCCCAUACUAUAUUUUGAGAUAGAAGGUAAUUUAUUUGGCAGGAAGGAUGCAUGUAUGAUAUUUCAUAAAUUCAGUUCUUUACUAUAGAUAAUACAUGGGUAUAAACAAGAUACUUAGUAUUGAUGUACUAGGCCUUAGAAGUUACUAAUAUAAGACCUAAUUAUUUUGGGUAUCCAGCUAGCCACAUGGUUUGUGGCUUACAGGACUAGAUGUAAGAUUAUUCCCAUGAGACAUGUUGAAUUUAUGAAGAAUGGAUUUUAAGGCUUUGAAGAUGGCUAAUUUCUCAACUAAAAACACCAAUGACCAAACAUCUACCUUUUCCCAUAGGAGUAGACACUAGCAGGCCAGACAAAAUGAUCUUAAAAGUAUUUGAUUGUCACAUAUGACUUGUGGUCUGUUGCCAAUUAAUACAGUACUUGUCUUGUAUGAUUCUUAACACUACAGCACAAGUAUUAUCAGUGGAUUAUCUGGAAUAACAUCUGAAAAAUGGGUUCAUCUCUGUUUGUGUUUGCUCUUUAAAACGAUUAUUUUUCUCCUAUCCCAAGUUGGCUUUGCAUCUAUUAGAGUAAAUAAAUUCUUCCAGCUGCCUUAUUAGGAGUAUUAUGAGGGUAACACCUUUUCUGCUUUUCAUCUUGUAUUUGGUUUACUGUAUUAAGAUAUUUGAUUUCAGAUUGAAUGAAUGUAAAUAGAAAUUAAAUGCAAAUUUGAAUGAA